AUGACCAUCUAUACAGACGGGUCUAGAUUGGACGAAAGAGUGGGAUGCGCCUAUGUCGCCACGAAACAAGACAACGCAAUCGAGAAAUCGAAGGGACAGUUAAGACAACAUAACAGUGUCUUUCAAAGCGAAGCAGUGGCAAUUGCACAAGCGAUUCGCUACCUGCACUCGCACCAGCAUAGCCAUGUCACCAUUAAAACGGACAGCUUAUCAUCGUUAUAUGCCAUUUGGAAUGCUGAUCAUCCCUCGGAGAUUAUACAGGGAAUCCAGAGAGAUCUUAGAAGUAACCCCCAGUACCGCACAAAAUUAGAGUGGAUAAAGGCUCAUGUUGGCCACUAUGGCAAUGAACUUGCCGACCAACUCGCCAAAGAGGCAACAACUGACCCGCCUGAUGCACCAUUAUCAUCCCAUGGCCGCAUUCGUAUUUAA